AUGCCUUCAUCUUCUGUUGUUAUCAUCUCCAAAUGCACUGUCCAUCCAGAACACAAAUCAACCAUCAAGUCUCUCAAGCUCUCGGUCUCUGAUCUUCCCAUGCUCUCAUGCCACUACAUCCAAAAGGGUGUCUUGCUCUCCCAACCACCACUCCACUCCGAUGCUCUUAUCUCUCUCCUCAAACUCUCUCUCUCCAAAACCCUCUCCCACUUCCCAGCCCUCGCUGGCCGCCUCUACACUGACCCCGAUGGUCAUGUCCACAUCCUCUGCAACGACUCCGGCGCCGACUUCAUUCACUCCAAAGCCAAAACCCUCAUCAUCAACAACCUCAUAAACCCUAACAUCGACGUCCCAGCCUUCUUCAAACAGUUCUUCGUAUUCGACAGCACUCUCAGCUACGCCGGCCACUACAAACCACUUGUCGCCGUGCAAGUCACCGAGCUAAACGACGGCGUAUUCAUCGGCUGCACUAUCAACCACGCCGUGGUUGAUGGAACCUCGUUAUGGAAUUUCUUUAACACCUUUGCUGAAGUCACCAAAGGAGCGAAAAAGAUAUCAAAGUCGCCGGAUUUUAACCGGGACACAGUGUUUAACUCUCCGGCUGUUCUUCGAUUUCCCAGCGGUGGACCGUCCGUUACUUUUUCCGGCGACGAACCAUUACGUGAAAGAGUCUUCCAUUUCAGCAGAGAAGCGAUUUUGAAGCUAAAACUCAGAGCCAAUAACGGUUUGAAACAUUCGGAGAUUGCGGGGAAGAUGUGUAAUGACGGUUGGAAAGUAGUUAACGGAGACAACGGUAAAACUAACGGCAAAAUAACUUCCGUUAAUGGAGAUAACGGUAAAACUAACGGGAAGAUAACGUCCGUCUUGGAGGAGUUAAUCAAAAACGGUGUCGUAAAUCCAACGGCUGUGGUAUCAUCGUUCCAAUCGCUUUCUGCUCAACUGUGGAGAUCAGUGACACGUGCGAGGAAGCUGGAUGGGAACAGAACGACGACGUUUAGGAUGGCCGUGAAUUGUAGACACCGGCUCAGGCCACUGCUCGAGCCAUUGUACUUCGGUAAUGCGAUUCAGAGCAUCCCGACCGUUGCUUCAGUUGGCGAGCUCUUGUCUCGAGAACUGUGCUACGGUGCAGAUCUGCUGCACCAGAAUGUAGUGGAGCAUGAUGAUGCUACGGUGCGCCGGGGUGUGAAGGAUUGGGAGAGUAACCCAAGGUUAUUUCCAUUAGGAAACUUCGAUGGGGCUAUGAUCACCAUGGGGAGCUCCCCUAGGUUUCCAAUGUAUGAAAAUGAUUUUGGGUGGGGCCGACCUUUGGCGGUUCGGAGUGGUAGGGCCAACAAGUUUGAUGGUAAGAUCUCAGCCUUUCCCGGUCAUGACGGAAAUGGGAGUGUUGAUUUGGAAGUUGUUCUAGCUCCCCAAACCAUGGCGGGGCUUGAGAUGGAUAUGGAGUUCAUGCAGUAUAUUUCUUAA